CUGACCUUCAAGUGGAGGAAAUUUAAAACUGUGAAUUAUGUUGACCUUGCUUUGCACUUCAUUACUGAGCUGAAGAAACUCCUGUUUCUUCUAGUAAUUCCUGCAACCAUGGACUGUUUGGUUUUAUUUGUUUGUGACGAAUUAUUUUAUCAUUUAAAAUAGAAACUAUGAAGCGUAAUUUUUCGCUUGUUUGUUAAAUAUUUUGAUGAUUUUUGGAUGAACAUGCAAUGAAUAUUAAUUGGUAGGACUCAUUAAGAAAAUACCGUCGGUAAAGAGAUAAAAUCGUAACAACUGAUCCAAUAAAUCGAAAGUAACGACAUAGUUGACCAAAGCAUUUUGGAUUUUUAUAAACAGUUAGACAUGUUUUGGUAUAAUCACUGAUCAGAGUGUUUGAGACGGCUUAAUACAACUAGUUCCUUUAAGUUUCAACUUCGCUGCAUUUUGAGAGCGAAAUAUGAGAUGUACCAUAUCAGCUACAGUACAAAGAGUGAAAACAAAGGCUUUUACUAAGUCUUUAAUAUGAUGAAACAAUUAAUGCUUUCGGUUGAAGUAUAUUCUGGAAUAAAACUAAAAGAAUGGUCGAAAUCACCAAGCUACCAUGUUCAUAAAGGAAAUCGCAUUUACCUGAACCAGUUAAAGCAUCUGCAUGAUGUAAAACGUCUUACUAUAUUAUAAUAUCCUAUUAUCACUUCGCAGUUCUUAAUAAUUACUUAUUCACGUACUAUUUGUAGUGUUCUUCCACUACAAAUAGUUUUUCAAGCUGACAAUUUGACACUAAUUUCAACCGUGAUGGAUGUAAUACAAUCCCUUGGAAACUUCAGCGAAAAGCUUUAUAGGGAGACUUUGAAAAGAAACGAGGGUUAUUUGUAGAAUACAUUUCUCUCCCCUUUCAAUAUCUAUACUGCCCUCGGAAUGAUCCUCUCUGGAAGUGCAAACAAUACGAAUGCCGAGUUGAUAAAAGCGAUGCAGUUAUCUGAUUGCUUGGAACAGGAAAGAAUCCACAGCGCGAUUGGUAAACUUCUGGCUGAUUUUUCGAAGCCUGAUGAGAGUGUUGAGAUAAUCAUUGAAAAUAGAUUCUAUGUAAAUGAGGAUGUGCAAAUUGAGAAACGAUUUAGAAAUAUCAUCAACCAGCAUUACAAUGCACUGACUGAGCAUGUGAGUAUGAAUUCGGCCGUAUCAAAGUUUGUGUAGGUUGCGUUUCAUAGAGAUCCUGAAUGUGCUCGAAAUCGAAUUAAUCAGUAGGUUAGUGAACAGACCAACGGAACAAUCCAGGAACUGAUCCCACGUGUGGCUUUAUUGCAAGAAACGUCAGCUGUUGUGCUAUCCACUACAUACUUUGAAGAUUGAUGAGGAAGGUGUCGUAGCUGCUGCAGCAACGGUGUAUAUGCUCGAUGGAUGUGACUCUGAAUCUCCCGAAUCUGAGGUAGAAUUUCGUGUUGAUCAUUCAUUCUUCGUUUCGACUAUCUGGAAUAAUACUCUACCAAUAUUUCUGGGACACGUUACGACUCCAGUGAAUGACUAGUGUGGUAUGAUAUACGAAGAAACCUUCCAGAACAAUGAUUUUUGUGCUUACUAAAUUAUAUCAAACUGCAUAUUUUGAACUUCACUAUUCCUUGACUAAUGAAUAACAAGUAAUUUUAAAAAACGGUGAUAAUUUUAUCUAUACACCAUCACAAGUGCUCUCUAUAUUUAAUCAGUGUUCUGACAAACGUAUUCUUAUGUGUAUUCCUUUAAA